AGACUCGGACAGAAUUGGAACCAUGGUGGAAAGUCGAUCUUGAGGACGAGCACGAAGUGUACAAGGUGACGAUCACGAAUAGACAGGAUUGCUGUGCAAAUGGCAUACUGAAUGCUGAGAUACGUGUUGGCAACAGCGAAAACAUUCUGGAAAAUUCCGUAUGUGGAAGCAUGAUUCCCGAAGACGUUGUACAGCAAGAGAGCAUUGACGUUGUCUGCGCAUGCGGUCUGCCUUUAGUCGGACGUUACGUUAGCGUGCAGCUCAUUGGACAGAGAGAAGCGCUGACACUGUGUGAAGUGGAAGUGUAUGGAAAUCCACAACAAUUGAUUCAACGAACGAUGCAGCCAAUCCCUAACACCGGAGUCAUUGGUCCACUACUGCCAUCCCCCGUGACACUGCCUUCUGGAGAAAUUGUUCAGCCAGGCAUCGGACCAAACCCGGUAAUUCUACCUUCAGGGCGGACUGUCUACCCCCAGCCAGGUCCUCAACCGGCACCGGUAACUCUGCCAUCGGGGCAGACAGCUGUGCCGCAACCUUACUACUGUCCUGUUCCGUACGACGUAGAGAAUGUUGCGGCGAACAUGCCUGCCAGACAAAGCUCAACGACAGCGGGGGCUGUGCCAGAGAGGGCGGUAGACGGAGAUACGAACAGCGAUUUCGCUGGUAAUUCGUGCACUCAGACAAAACGCGAACAGAACUCAUACUGGGUAGUCGAUUUAUUGGAACCAAAAGAUGUGUAUUUAGUGACCAUUACAAACCGAAAAGAUUGUUGUGACUUCAGAAUCAAAGGCGCCGAGAUUCACGUCGGAAACAGCUACGAUAUCAGCGAUAACGAUUUAUGCGGUAACUUCGCCAUCAGUGGCACCACGGCAUACCAGGAAACCAUCGACGUGUACUGCGGUUGUGGUUUACCCGUUAGAGGUCGCUAUGUCAGUGUUCAAAUACCAAAUAAGAAACAGACACUCACACUGUGUGAAGUUGAAGUAUGGGCACAUAACGUGUUAGAUUUAACGGCGGCACCGAUUGACUGGGGAACAGCUGAACCAUUCACCUUCGCACCAGAUGCAGAUUACACGACAGCAGAACCGUGUCCCAUGCCUCCUGAUUUGAUCAGCAUAGCCACUGAAAUGCCAGCAACACAAAGCUCCCUUCAGAAUGGCGGAGUACCAGAGAGGGCAGUCGACGACAAUAGAAACACCGACUUUUCUGGGAAAUCGUGCACUAAGACUAAAAAGGAGUAUCAACCUUGGUGGCGCGUUGAUCUCGCAGAAUCUCGCGAUGUGUACAUGAUUACCAUCACAAACAGACAAGACUGUUGCCCUUUCAAGCUGAAGAACGCUGAGGUUCGAAUCGGCGACAGUGAAAAUAUUGCAGAAAAUACAGUGUGCGGCCAAAGAGUAUCCGGACGAGUGUCACUGCAGGAAACGAUUGAAGUCGUCUGCAAAUGCGGAGAGCCAAUCAGAGGACGCUACGUCAGCAUUCAGCUGCAAAACAAGACACAAACUCUGACCUUAUGCGAGGUAGACGUAUGGUCUUUAGAUGACGUUGAAGUGACAACUACUGCUGAUACUUUGGAAAGUUGUCCAGUUCCAAGCGACUUGCUGAACGUGGCUGAAGACAGAUUUGCGACACAGAGCUCGACCAAGGGGAAUGGAGAUGCCAACCGGGCCGUUGACAAAAACAGUAACAGCUGGAACUUGCCAAGUGGUUCUUGCUCACAAACCAACAAAGAACAUGAAGCUUGGUGGCAAGUUGAUCUCGGGAAAUCUCGCGAUAUUUAUUACGUCACAAUCACCAAUAGAGCUGAUUGUUGCUCUUAUCGACUGAAAAAUGCGGAGGUUGUUAUUGGUCACACCAGAAGUCUUGACGAAGCUACCCUAUGCGGGACAAGAAUAACUGGUGCAGCAGCCAAUGAGAAGAAAAUUGACGUCAUUUGUAGUUGUGGUAAGCCAAUUACCGGGCGUUUUGUCGGUGUAUAUCUGCCCAACACAACGCAAUCGCUAACGCUAUGUGAAGUAGAGGUUUGGGCACAUGGACCACUGGAGUUUACAACGCUGGAACCAACUACCCAGAGUGCAAUGCUUCGAACAACUGUAGAUCCAUGCCCUGUUCCCGAUGGAUUGGUAAACAUAGCAGAGGGAAAGAACGCAUUUCAGAGUUCGGAAGAGAGAAACGCAAACGCAUUGCGGGCGGUGGACGGUGAUAAGAACAGCGACUUUGCUGGACGUUCUUGUACCCUGACAAGCAAAGAAGAGGAACCGUGGUGGAAACUCGAUCUCGGUAGAUCACGCGAUAUUUAUCACGUGACCAUCACUAACAGGCUCGACUGCUGUAGAGGAUUGAGGAACGCUGAAAUCCGUGUUGGUAGUCAUGAUGACUACAAAAUGAAUGGCCUAUGUGGGAGGAUCACAGCUGACGAUUCUGCUCUGGAAACCAUUGAUGUUAUAUGUGACUGCGGCCAGCCAAUCUCUGGAAGGUUCAUUUCUGUUUCUCUUCCCAGUAGUGGACGAGACAAGUCUCUUAACUUGUGUGAAGUUGAAGUUUUUGCAUUCUAUCAAGAUGAAAGUCUAUUCACAACAGUGCUGCCUGAACGGUGUCCUCUUCCCGAUGGUCUUGAAGACAUUGCAAAAGACAAACCUGUGAGACAAAGUUCUACAAAAGGUCCAAAUAAACCCACACGUGCUGUGGAUGGCAUCAAGAACAGUGACCUUGGUGGGAAAUCUUGCAGUCAGACGGAGAAGGAGUCUGAACCUUGGUGGCAGCUGGACCUUGGUAACUCCUACGACGUCUAUAAGGUUGUUAUCACGAAUAGAUUCGAUUGUUGCUCUUACAGAAUCAAGAACGCAGAAGUUCGUGUUGGUGAAAGUCCCACCAUUUUAGACAACGAAAUGUGUGGCGAGGAGAGAAUCACUGGCGAUAUAGCGGAGCAGAAAACCAUUAAUGUAAUGUGUGGUUGUCGCGAACCAAUCAGAGGUCGCUACGUCAGUAUUCAGAUUGCGGAUAAGAACCAGAUGUUGGCGCUGUGUGAAGUUCAAGUAUUUGUAUCAGGAGGGGAACAGUUCCCUGUGCUUGCUGAUUGGGGUGGUCAAGGCGAGAUGACUUGUCCAUUUCCCGAGGGUCUAAUCAAUUCGGCUCAAGGCAUGUCGGCUAUCCAGAGUUCGGAAAACAGAGGUGGUAAAGCAAAAAGAGCCGUAGAUGGUACUCAUAAUAGUGACUAUGCAGGCAAAUCUUGCACACAGACGAAUAAAGAAGAGGAACCAUACUGGGUGGUAGAUCUUGGAAAGACGCGAACUGUUUAUGAAGUAAUCAUCACCAAUAGAAUGGACUGCUGUUCAUUUCGAUUGAAGGGAGCUGAGAUACGAGUUGGUAAUCGAGAAGAUUUCCGUGAAAACAAGCUCUGCAGGUACACCACCAUUACUGGGCAGGAAGCAAGUCUCGAGACUGUCAAGGUCACGUGUGAGUGUGGUAACCCUGGCAGAGGGCGCUAUGUCAGUAUACAAAUUGUAGGAAAGAAGCAGAUUUUGUCAUUGUGUGAAGUUGAAGUAUGGACUCUGCCAGAUGAACUCGAAAUGCCAACAACUCUGAUGCCAACCACGCUACCUCCUACAACAACUGAAAAGGUGUGCUACGUACCUGCACGUGCCGAAAACGUCGCCCUGCACAAACCUACUUCCACGAGUUCGGUAAAGCAAAGGGCCAAGAGUGAUCGCGUUGUGGAUGGUAAUAAAAACAGCGACUUCAACGACGGGUCGUGCAGUUUGACAAAAAAAGAAGAGGAUCCGUGGUGGAUGGUUGACCUGGGUUCAUCUCAUAACGUAUGGAAAGUUGUUAUAACCAAUAGAAUGGAUUGUUGCUCGUUCAAACUGGAUGGGGCUGAGAUCCGUGUUGGGGACGAUCCCGACGCGUUGCAAGACAACGCCCUCUGCGACACAAGACUGACAAAGUCUGGAGUCAACAAGAUUGAAACCAUAGAACUGUUCUGUAAAUGCGACUCGUAUUUGACUGGACGUUAUGUUAGCGUCCAACUAAGACAGAUUGUUCGAAAUCUGAGUCUAUGUGAGGUUGAAAUCUUCGCUACGCAAUGAGAUCGAUGAUAAAUACCUACACAAUAUAAUAGAAUAAUUCGGAUACUGGAUCAUAAAUUAAAGAUGCUACAUGGAUGUCAUGUAUUCUGUAUGAUGAUGAACACAUCGGAUUAUAAAUUAUUUUCAACUACUAGUAUAUUAGUCGGACCAUGGAAAUGGAAUAUAUUAAGACGCACCAGUACACAUUUUUGUACGUACCAAAGCACAGUCAGUGCACAUGUGUACUAGUAGUUUUUCAUCUCUGUGCUGUGCUGAGAAUUAUAAUCCAAUGUGUUCAUCGAAAAAGCAUUAUUAAACAGCAAUAUUAAAAAACUGCAUGUUCCUGUACGCAUCUCUUCAUAAAAUGAUAAUUGUUUCAAAAAAUGAACGAAGCGACCACCCCUUUAGAAAUAAUGGUUCGUCCCUAAUAAUCCGAACGUGGUUGAAGCAAUAACAUAUAAUGAUAUAUAUCGUCACUGUUAUUGAAAUUUGAUCGAUUGAGAACUGAAUCGAUCAUUAUAUGUUACAUGACUUAUUGAUGUUAUCUGCACCUGUUAUGGGUUUCUUCUGCGUCACAAAAGUUCUAUUGUUGUCCACAUAACCAUAUUUCUGUAACUGUGCUAUCGCAUGCUGGGUGCCGGGGUAAUAGCUGCAUGGUUUACUCACGCGUCUGUAUAUUCAGGAAUGCU